CAUCGCGAAAAUCGACUCAUCGCCCCUGUACGAAUAUCUGGGAAACAACUGUUGUUGGUGAUGGCCGUCAGGUUCACGAUUCUGGUGCUGUUGACCACCGCCGUCGCCGUGGUGUCUUCCGCUGGACUGCUCGAGACGCUACUUUCCUGGGAUAUUCCGGAUGCCGUGGGCAGAUCAACCGCGCCGCAGUCGCAAUGUCUUUGUCAAACUUCCAAUUGUUUGUGUUGCAUCGAUCUAAAUCUGACGACAGCGAUCGGUGGUGGUCUCGUGGUGGACGACUUGGAUGGUCGGGCGUGCAUCAACAUCAAGCAGAAGGAGCAGAAUAUCUCGUUGAACCUUAGCUACGGCGAUAAUCCCGUACACAAUGCUACCAUUAAGAUCGUGGACGCAUCCAACAGGCCAACCUGCAUGAAUCUUCUGUCAGAUCUGGCGCAAAUAUGCGCGAAAUUUACGUCGAUUAAGCAGGCGGAAGCUGGUUACGACGGUUGCCUGGUAAUCGAGCCAGCACUGCUGGGCACACCGCAAGCCACUUACCACAUGGGAUGCUUCAAUUUCAAUCAGGUGGUGCGACAGAUCGAAGCCUCUGCCACUAUCGAAACGACGGAAGCCACUGAAACUACAGAGGACGAGGAGGAUUCGUUGAACACGGAGGAAUUCAUAGCAGCGGUUUCAGCUAGCGCGGAACAAGGGAUAGCUCUCUUCUCUCAAUGGCUUGGACUUAAUCUGAAUCCAAAACUGAACCUGACCAACAGAAACAAUCAUCAAGAAGCAAACAGCCAACGUGCCAUCCCAUCCACAACUUCCAGGUCUGCUCGAGUUCAUUGGGAUCAAGAAGAGAAGAACGACGAACGAUUCAAGCAACUGCUCAGUGCGCAAGACAACGUGUUGAAGGGUUCAGCUACGAUUGGCCAAUCGAACGGAGCUGAAACGACGUUCGUUUAUUCGAAACCCUCUGAAUUAUUCUCGUCGGAGAAAAACUCGAACGAUAGAAGGGUCGAGCAGAUGGAGAUCGAGCCGCAACACCUGGCCGUGGUGCCAAAGGAGUCGAGAAGAGGCGGAAGGGCAUACAAUAUUCAUCAGCACGUGAACGAGAUCUGAAACGUGUUUGUUUUUCGUUCGACUCGAUCGAUCGAGGAUUAUAAUUAAAACGUAGAGUUUAGGCUAUCUCACACGUAGAUCGUAUUCUCAUGACGAGUUAAGGCAGAGUUAUUAUCGUUGCCUCCUUUCUCUCUCGUAUUUCUUUAUUCCUCUUGCUUGUUUAUUAAUUCUCGAUGAAUUCGACUAACCAACGAACGACUACAUUACAUACUCUGCCAGAUUAAUCGGUGAUAUCGUUCGUUCAUUUCGAGAAGACUGACCGCUUUCUGAUCAGCUCCGUCUGAAUGAUCUCUCGCGAUUGUGAUCACCUUAUUUCCUCUCUCCGCGAAGUCUCUGUUACUCGAAGUGUCGCUAAUGAUAACUACACGUUCGCGAUUCUGCGAGGAUCGCCGGAUACACGACUUGUUUAGCCGUAUGAAAUAAACGACGACAAUCCGCAAUUAUUAAUAGGAAGAGGCGAAACAAGACCAUAUGUGAAUCUUUUUCGAGAGAAUGCAAUUACGACCGCCGCAAAUUCGUUUCCAUUAUGCCAACUAUUUAUUUAGUUUGGAUCCCGCAUAGUAAGUAGAAAACAUAAUAAACAGUAAUAUGCUGCAAGUAGUUCGUAUCAUCCAUGCGACAACAUCGAGUUGUAUCUAUACACAUAUAUCGUAAAACAGAUAUACACACGCCAUCGAGCGAUGGAAUUUUUUUUAUAUUUUUCUUUUGUCAUAAAAGAGAUAACCGUGCUGCCUAACACGCGUCACAGUAGAUAGGCAUUUUUGUCGUACGUGCGAGUUUAAUAGAUCAUCGAUUAAUUGAUCGUGGAAAUACUGUCUUCGAUCGAUUGUGCUAGAAUAUUAGCUCGUGCUCGAAUCAAAUAUAGCAUCAGUCACUCAACAGGGUAGAAAUUACGAACGUACAUUUUUAUAAUCGUUCUCUGUAAUAUCGUUGACACGGAUAAAUUAAUAAAGCCAAAAAGAAACGGUUCGAUAAA